AUGUCAUCAAGAAUUGCUGAAAUCCGGCUCGUAAGUUCGCACCGUGAGGUCUACGAGCCAUGUGAUGAUUCAUUCGCUCUAGUCGACGCACUGCUCGCUGAUCGAAUCAACCUCAUAGAGCACAAACCGAAGAUUUGUAUGGAGAUCGGAUGCGGAAGCGGCUACGUCAUAACCUCGCUCAUCCUUCUCCUCAAGAACGAACUCCCCGGCGUUCACUACCUAGCCACAGACACAAACCCUAUCGCCGCAAGAGUGACGCAAGAAACGCUACAAGCGCACGGAGUCGAAGCUGAUGUCAUCUGCACGGAUAUAGCCUCUGUUCUUGAGAAGAGACUCGCUGGCUCCGUCGACGUGAUGGUGGUGAAUCCGCCUUACGUUCCGACGCCGGAAGAUGAAGUUGGGAUGGAAGGUAUUGCCUCUGCUUGGGCCGGAGGUGAGAACGGCCGGAGAGUUAUCGACAGAAUGUUGCCUGUGGUUGAUGUUUUGCUCUCUGAGAAAGGUUGGUUCUACUUGGUGACGUUGACUUCGAAUUGUCCGUUGGAGAUCUGUUUGGUUAUGAGGAAGAAAGGCUACGCGUCGAGGAUCGUUGUUCAGAGAUCGACAGACGAAGAGAAUCUCCUCAUCCUCAAGUUCUGGAGAGUCAAAGAUGAGGAGAGUUUGGACAAGGAGACGUCAUCGGAAUCGUUUGUGUCGCAGUUUUCGAGAUAUUUGUCAUCGUUUAUGGAGAAACGAUGGCGAUAG